GACCCUCCUCGGACCACUCCUUCUUUCUCAUGCCGGACACGAACGAGCAACACAAACAAAUUCUCUCUGUCCGUCGCAAUCUCAAAUUAUCCGACACCCACGCCUGGGUUCGGAUUAAACCUGAAUCAAGAACUACCGUCGUUUCAUUUCUCAAACGACCCUUCUGUGGCCCAAGCGCCACAGUGGUGCCCAGCCCUUUGGUACUUCAGUAGAUGUCUACCGAAGGAACCGGCGAUCUCGCCAAAAUCAACGCAGUCUCCGAGCCUGACCUUCCGCCCUCGACUGCUGAUCAACCACGCUCCCCAGCAGAUGCAAACACCUCGGCCUUCUUCGACGAAGUGGCCCGCGACGCUGCGCAACCAACGCCGCCCCUGACCGGCGACCCAGACGCGCAACCUCCACAGGAGCAACCAGAUACUCCGCCAGUUUUCAACUUCAGGAUCAUGGCCAACAUCUCGAUGCCCAUGUUUGAGUACGAGACUGCCAUGACUUGGCUGAAACUGCUCGACGACAAAUUCGCCGAGGAAAACCUCGCAGACGAGCCCCAGAUGUUUCGGUUCCUGCGCGACUUCAUCCCUAUCAACGGCACACCUGAGUCAAUCCUGUGCCACCUGGCACCCAUGCCAAAAUCUCAGCCCUACACCACGCUCAAGACGGCGAUCCUGACACACGUCGAGCCCACUACCCAGGCGCGCGUCCGUCAACUCAUGAUUGACGAAAGUCCAAAUGGCGCAAAACCAUCCGAGUUCCUAGCCAGGAUGCAGCGCAUCGCAGAGUCUGACGCCACUCACCCCAUGAUGAAUGAGAUGCUUUUCUCGUGCUGGGCAAACAAGCUGCCCGACAACAUCAGGCUGGCCAUCAGCGGCGAACGUGACGUCACUGUGGCUGCAGCCAGAGCAGACAUGAUGGUUGCCAGAGACCACACCAACGCUGUGACACACUCCUUCUCCACACCUGCACCCCAACUUUCUGCCAUCAAACACACCACCAACAAAACCAACUCCACCUCUUACUCUGGAGGCACACCCACAAGAGUUGACCGUCUGGAAACCAAACUGGACGACCUGGCUCAGCAAGUCCUGGCCCUCACACAGUCAGUCCAGACCCUGCUGAACAACAAGUCUGACAGCUUCAACAGAGGCAGAUCCAGAUGGCGCAGCAAAAGUCGCACAGGGGAGCGAUCCAAGUCCAGGUACACAGACCUCUUCGAUGACGGCAACGCUGCCGGCAAGAUCUGUUACUAUCACAAAACGUUCCAACUGGACGCCCGCAAGUGCAUCACAGGCUGCCGCUACCAUUCCAGUCACCAGUCCUUGCAGGCCGCCGCCGCCAUCACCCCCACGCCGGCAAAAAAACUAACUGGGCAGGCUGCAGCAGCGGCCACACCCUGCCCCAGUUCACCCGGCCGCCUCUUCAUUUUUGACCCCACCUCCAAGAUGUCCUUCCUGAUGGACACAGGGUCCGACAUCAGCGUCCUUCCCCAAAAGUUGUUCCCCCACAUGAAACUUCCCCUCCACUACAAUCUCACCGCCGCCAAUGUGACAGAGAUCAAAACGUACGGAUUCCACACUCUCAAACUCACCCUCAACCUCAGGAGAACUUUCGAGUGGACCUUCCUAGUGGCUGACGUGGAACACCCCAUCAUCGGCGCUGACUUCCUGACUCGACAUAACCUGGUCGUUGACCUCGGCCUAGCCCAGCUCUCCGACAGGCUGACAUCCGUCCACGUCAGAGGUUGCAAUCGCCCCGAACCUGCACCCACUGUCAAAAUCAUUGAGACACAAAACCCUUUUUACCUUCUUUUGAAAGAUUUCCCCGACCUGUGCUGCACCUCCUCCAAGCGCAAACCUGCAAAGCACACCACCACUCACCGCAUCGUGGUCACCCCUGGAGCACCAGUCUUUGCCCGGUUCCGCAGACUGCCCCCAGACAAGCUGAAAGCAGCCGCAGUUGAGAUCCAAAAGCUCAUCGACAAUGGCGAUGCACGCCGCUCAAAGUCCCCAUGGGCGUCGCCAGCAACCCUAGUCCCCAAGAAAACACCAGGUACAUGGCGUUUCUGCGGUGACUACCGCGCUCUGAAUGCUAGGACCGAGCCAGAUCGCUACCCACUUCCCCAUCUUCACGACUGCACCCACUUGCUGGCCGGCUGUACCAUCUUCUCCACCCUAGACCUCGACAGAGCCUACAUGCAAGUCCCAGUGGCACCAGAGGAUGUCCCAAAAACAGCCAUUACGACGCCAAUGGGUCUCAUUGAAUUCCUCUCCAUGCCGUUUGGCCUCAAAAACGCAGGACAGACGUUUCAGCGCUUCAUCCACGAAAUUCUAGGUGACUUACCUUUCGUGUUUGUGUUCAUUGACGACUUACUCAUUGCCUCUCGUUCUCCAGAAGAACACCGAGAGCACCUUCAACAGGUUUUCCAACGCCUGCAGGACCAUGGCCUCCUACUGAACCUCGACAAGUGCGUCCUAGGCGCCACUGAAGUCAGUUUCUUGGGAUACUUGGUCAACAAAGACGGAAUCACUCCACUACCAAACAAGGUCACAGCAAUCAGCGCCUACCCGACGCCCAAGGACAAGCAGGAGCUCCGACGCUUCCUCGGCAUGGUAAACUUUUACCAUAGAUUCCUCCCACAAGCAGCCAAGCUCAUGGCCCCUUUGAAUUGUCUACAGAAUGGACCCAAAGGCCCCAAAAAGGCACCCCUGGAGAGGUGGACAGAGGUUGAGCAAACCGCCUUCGACACCACCAAAGAAGCCCUGGCAAACGCCGCCUGCCUGGCCCACCCAAGGUCAGAUGUCCCACUCUCUCUGGUCACCGACGCAUCCGACUAUGCCGUCGGUGGUGUUGUGCAACAGCUCGUCAACAGCACCUGGCAGCCACUAGCAUUCUUCAGCCGCACACUCUCUGCCGCUGAAAAGAAGUACCCUCCGUACGACAGAGAACUCCUCGGCAUCUUUGCCUCCAUCAAGAAAUUCAGGUACCUCCUCGAAGGUCGCCAAUUUCAGAUUCUCACUGACCAUAAACCCCUCACCUUCGCUUUCAGCAAAAACAAAGCCGACUGCUCUCCGCGCCAGCUCCACCAUCUCGAGUUCAUUGGCCAGUUCUCCACUGACAUUCAGUUCAUCAAGGGCACUGCUAACUUGGUGGCCGACGCCCUCUCCAGAAUUGAGUCCAUCUCGACCGCAGUCUCUUUUGAAGCCAUGGCUGAAGCCCAAGCAGCUGACACAGACCUCCUCAAAUUCCAGUCAACAGAACGCUUCAAGGACGUGCACAUCGACCUCGUCGGUCCACUCCCUGAAGUCGAGGGUUACAAGUACUGCCUCACAAUGGUAGACAGAUUCACACGCUGGCCAGAAGCCGUCCCACUCAAGCGCAUUUCCGCCCUGGACGUCGUCACAGCCUUUCGUUCCAACUGGAUCGCUCGCUACGGAGUCCCCGGAACUGUGGUAUGCGACCAAGGCCGACAGUUCGAGUCUGACCUGUUUAAGAAAUUCAGCAAAAAUUUCGGUUUUGAAAUUCACCAUACUAAUGCGUAUCAUCCGCAGGCAAAUGGUAUGGUUGAGCGCCUUCACCGCACCAUGAAGGCGGCGCUCAUGUGCCAGGAGCAAAACUGGAUGGCCGCCCUGCCAAUGGUCCUCCUCGGUCUCAGGUCUGUCUUCAAGGAAGAUCUGCACACCACUCCCUCGCUCCUCGUCUACGGCGAAGAACUCCGGCUGCCCGGAACCUUUUUCGUACGACCCACUCCUCAGCAAGCUGCUGACCUCGCUGCCCAACUCCGCAGUCACUUCGCCACUCUCCUGCCCAUUCCGGCUGCCCACCACGGCGGAAAAACAUUCUUCGUCCACCCUGACUUGGCCACUGCCACUCACGUGUUCCUGCGCACCGAUGCUGUCCGCGGGGCCCUCGAGAAGCCGUACACUGGUCCCUAUUCAGUGAUCAUGCGCAACGCCAAGUCCUUCGUGAUCGAGGUUAAAGCACGCCGAGAAGGAACCAGUUCCGACAGCGCCAGCACCAGUCAAACGAGUGCGUUUCGACCUGCCAACAGCUCAGCAAACUCCGCAGCCUCCACCACCGCCACCAAGUCCUGUCCCGGACACCCCAGAAGCACCUCCGGACAGUCUGGACACUCCUCCAGUAGCACCCUUGCCUCCUACCUCAGCUCCAGGUACACCAGAGACACCUUCGGGCGCCUCUGAGGCAACACCAACAGAGUGGCCACCACUUGAGCCACCUGCAGAACUUCCUCCUCAUUCCCAAAGACCAAGAA